AAAAAAAAAAAAAAAAGGGGUGGAAAAGCAGACCACUCGCUUCGACGGCUUCCGAGAGCGCUACUGCGAGCAGCAAAGGCGGGCGGGCCAAUGGGAGCGCGCGCCGGCCACCGCGCCGCCCCUCAGUGGCGCAAUCCCAGGGCCAGGCACCGCUGCACGUUGCACGACAAUCCAGAGAAACAGUGCCAUCGACGGUCUCUGGGACGCCCGUCAUGGCCUUGUGGUGAAAUUGCGCUCUACAUUUCAACGCCUUUUGUCGGCUUCCGAACGCGCGAGGGCGGCGGGGGAUGUCGGGAACAAGGCGGCGACAUCGGGCUUGGGGAACACCAUGGCAAUGACACGAAUCAAUUCCGUCCUGGGCGACGGGCUGUCCUCGAAUGCUUGUAUCCUUCACCGCCCGUCCUUGGUUAUAAAAACCAAACCUGACCCUUCCCCCUGGAUCCGUAUUGUGGGCAGCAGCAGCCCUCCAUUGUCGGCUCAACAGCACGUCCUGUGUUCUUUUCAUCUGCGCUUUCGUUUCCGCGCGCGCCGCUCCCGAGGUCGUCUUGUCCGCCUGUCCGCCUGCCAGGCAGGGGUCUGCAACCACCCUCAUCGCCCCUUUACCCCAUCCGUCUUUUUUAUCAGAUUGGAAUCCCAGCCCAGCCAUCCCAGAUCUCCCCCGAAAUUUUGCCAUUGGGCCAGAGAAAUUUAAUUGCUGGGCAGACCGGAGUCGGGGUCCAGCUGCGACCCGAUUGAAAACACAACAACAAAAAACUACAAGGGAACGGAACCCACCCCCUAAAAGGGCCGCUCUUGGUUUUUUGGUCAUCCCGUUUUGUCCUUCCCGGCAAGCUUUCAAGCUUGUUGUUUCCCCAAUCGUUUUGGGUUCCUCCGUUCUUCCUCUGCAUCCGCUGCUGGGAGCCCGCCCGCCAAAUCGCCCAACAUGGAUAUUGUUUUGGAGGUUACCGACACGUUCUUAUGGGACUACCUCUAUGCCUGGGCCCUCCCGGCGCCUCCAGCUCCCCUCGGCCUCGGCCUGUCCAACGGCACCACCAUCGGCAAUGGCUGGGAAUACAAGCCCUCGACCUCUGCCUUCUCCCUGCAGCCGUCGCAGGCCGCCUACCAGAGCUCCUUGCCUAGGGAUAACCUCUACCGCCAGGGCUUCUCCCUGUUCCUGAUUAUAUGGCUCUUUGGUCUCCUCAUCUACUAUGUCUUCGCGUCGCUCUCCUUCUUCCUCGUCUACGAUAAGGCAAACAUGUCGCACCCCAAGUUCCUCAAGAACCAGAUCUGGCUCGAGAUGGUGCAGGCGAACCAGGCCUUCCCCGUCAUGUCCAUCCUCACGGUUCCGUUCGCGUUGGCCGAGGUGCGCGGGUACAGCAAACUCUACGACGCGACCGAGGAGGGGCCCGGGUACUGGUACAACUUUGCCCAGGUGCCGCUCUUCCUCGCCUUCACCGACUUCUGCAUCUACUGGAUCCACCGGGGGCUGCACCACCCUUACGUCUACAAGUGGCUGCACAAGCCGCACCACAAGUGGAUCAUGCCGACCCCUUUUGCCUCGCACGCCUUCCACCCGCUCGACGGCUACGCCCAGGGCGUCCCCUACCACCUCUUCGCCUUCAUCUUCCCGCUCCAGAAGGUGGCCUACGUGCUCCUCUUCGUCUUUAUCAACUUCUGGACCAUCCUGAUCCACGACGGCGAGUACUACGCCGACAACGCCGUCAUCAACGGCGCCGCCUGCCACGCCGUCCACCACUUCGCCUUCAACUACAACUACGGCCAGUACACCACCCUCUGGGACCGCAUCGGCGGCAGCUACCGCCGCCCGGACCCGGAGCUGUUCGACAAGGCCACCAAGACGUCGGACGCCCAGUGGGAGAAGCAAAAGGCCGAGAUGGAGCGCAUGGUCAAGGUCGUCGAGGGCGAGGACGACCGCACCUACGACCCCGCCGACAAGAAGACGCAGUGAGGGCGGCGGCGGCGCGUCCGAAACGCUUGCCGCGUCUGGUGAAUCCCUGAUGUUUUCAAUGUCCCGACUCGGCCGCUAUUGUUACAGAACAAAAAGGUGGACCGAGCAGAGAGCAACGACAGCUCAAUCAUACACUUUGUAUACGGCUUGUUUUUUCUAUUAUCUGUAUAUACAUAUGACCGGAUCAGGGACUUUGUCGAGGACAGCACAGUUGACGGGCACUUUGGCCCUUUGGGCCUUUUGCACCCAGUACUGUUCGUAUAUUAUAAUACCGUAAUGAUGUCAACAAGAGGAAAGGCAGGGCAAUGAAAACUGACACCAAGACUUUGCGCUGAGGCACAUGUGCAGUGACAGCGCAACGAGUCG